AUAUCCCUAGAGGCAUACACGAGAACAGUCAUUUAAAAGGCUCUUGCAGUUUCUAUGAUUUGUUAACGGGUGAAUUUUUUUUUUCCGGGCACAAGGAUAAGAAUUCUGCGAACGCAACUGUGAUCCAACACGGGCAGCAUUUCGGAAUGCACAGCGCAUGACUCCCUCCCCCGGCAGUUCAUUAUUCACUCGAGUACCCGCCGCCCUAUGCAUUCAUACGGCAAGGUUAAUAAGAUAAAAUGCCGGUAAUCCUUUUCUCUCUUUCUCCCUCUUCCACUACCACGUACCGGGACUGGGAACCCCUUGCUUUUCGAUGGGGGGUUGUCGUUGUUUUUUCUUUGCACUUUUUUGCCCCCGUUGCAAGGCUGAGAAUAUGCAAACCCGUCUUACCAUCUGUCAGCUGGCUCAGUGGCACCAGCUCACGAGUGAGAACAUGUGACGGCAUCGAUCAACUAUACCUUACCGACAUUAGGCUGGAGCGAUUUCGCAACGCAAACUUUGGGAUCGCUAUCUCUGCGGUAACCGUUGUUUGCUGUGGCAAGGAGCCGUUUUUUUUUUUUUUUUCCAAAAAAAAAAAAAAAAUAGGGAUUUCGCAUAUCUGUGAAAAACCUGCCGUGAUUCUCGCCGGUUACAUACAACGUGGGAUGGGUGAAAUACCGUCAUACGAGUAUUUGUUCACUUGACGAGAACUCACGAUCUCCCAGCUCGACUGCGAUAGCAGGACCCUAUCACAAACGUGGCCAUCUAUAAAAUGAGACCCUCACUCGAGCUUGUGACCCGUUGCCGUUGGAAUAAACUAUUACUAGCCCGGAAACCCGGCAGAUGUGCGCGGAUGAAUGAAUGGCCAACACAUGAGCAGCGCCGGUAAUAACCAUGAUGAAGGCGACCACUCAUGUAUGCGUUCUCCCUUCUCUGGAAGGAAGAAAGAGAGAGAAAGAAAAAGGGAAGAAAAAGUAUCUGCACAGCAGGUCCCUUGACUUGAACACGACAGGGCAUGCUGGAUGUUAUACCAUAGGUGGAAAAAUUAACUG